AUGGCAGAUCAUGAACGUAGACAGGGCGGAGGAGGAGGGCACAACCCCAGGAAGCGACGAUACAGAGAUGACGAAGACCACUACAACCCCCAGCGCGAACACCGUGGGCCCCAUCGCCGCCGCAAUGAGCCCCCAGCGCCCGUCCGUCUGCGCAAGCAGCUCGUCGACAUUGCCGACAGCCCCCUUCGAAAUACCACCGAGGACAUCCGCAGCAUCGCGAACUUGCUGGCUGAAAAUUACGACGACUUACGCCUCCGCGAGACGUUUGUGGACCUCGCCUUGCAGCUUGUUGUGGAGCAGCCGCUCAAGACGCCCUUCGUUGCUGCUGUCGUGCUGGUGCUGAACACGCUCGCCCACACCCCCGCCGCCGUGGCAGCCUCGCAAAAUGGCGGUGAUGAUGCUGCUGCUGGUGGUGGUGGGGACGCAAAGAUGGAGGACGCAGGGGAGCAGGCCAAGGAGCCAGUGUCCACCAGCGGUGUGGUGGACGAUCUUCUGGCGAAAGCUACGGGUCAGCUUGCAGAGAAGAUCAAGACGGGCGAGUGGAGGACUGUCAAGCUUUACCUGAAGCUGCUGGCAUGCCUGCAGAGCUGUCUGGACGGUGAGGGCGUGUUCCCUAUCCUGGAUGCGCUUUUUGACCGUGCCGUCGAGCUGCAGACUGCCAGCUCCGAGGACACGAUCGGCACCGAGCUGGUCAAGAUCAUCCUCCUCACCAUACCAUACGCCAUCGCCGCAGCGCCUGACAAGUCUGAGAAGAGUGCGGUCGAUCUCCUCGACAAGACAGACGUGAUUGCUUCCGAGCCUCAUGCCCUCCAGACACUGAUCGACCCAUUCUUCCCGGAAGGGGAUGAGAAAAGCCCUGUCGUCGACUUCAGCUUCAUUGGUCUGCUGCAGAAGCAGCUUCAGUCUGAGGCUAAUAGCGGCUGGAAGCUGGCCUGCCUGCCGAGGCCGUGGAAGAUGCCCUUGGAAGAUGUGGAGCAGCAAGAAAAACUGGACAACUGUCCAAAGCACGCGCUGCCCGCCAUCGACUUUCCAGAGGUACUCAUCGCUGGCUCACGGCCCCUCUUCCCCGAGAUCUACCUGUCUGUCUAUCUCAACCAGGACAUUGCGUCUGUCCCUCCCGUCACGGACAUCACUUCAUGCCUGGUACGCGACACUCUGUUGGACACGAUCAACAUCCUGCACUUCAACCGAUCUAUUACGGCCAGACGCUUGAUUGACAUUGACAACUACUUCGCCGAUGGUACCUUUGUCAGCCGCGCGACGCCCUUUGACCAGCUUCGCGAUGUACCUGCCGGCCGAUCCACGUGGAAGCCUGAAGACGUUGCUGUUGAUGCCGUCUUCUCUCAGCUUUUCAUGCUUCCCAACCCCGAGCACAAGCUCGUCUACUAUCACUCGGUGCUGACCGAGGCAUGCCGGAUCGCCCCUGCUGCCAUUGCCCCCAGUCUCGGCCGCGCAAUAAGAUUUCUCUACCGAAGCACAGGCAUGCUCGACUUGGAGUUGAACAAUCGGUUCAUCGAUUGGUUCUCGCAUCACCUGAGCAACUUUGGCUUCACGUGGAAGUGGGCCGAGUGGAGCGGAGACGUCUCUCUCCCGGACCUGCACCCUUACAAGGCCUUCAUCGUGGGCUCGAUUGACAAGGAGAUCCGCUUGAGCUUUGCUAACCGUAUCAGGAAGACCUUGCCUGAUGGGUACCAGCCUUUGGUCCCUCCUGAGAAGGAUCAAGAGGAGCCCCCUUUCAAAUUUGAGCAAGACUCCGUGCCCUUUGCUCAAGAAGGCCGUGAGUUGGCAACGCUUCUGAAGCGAAAGACCCCGGAUGAGGAGAAGAAGAAGGUAGUUGACGACGAGAUCCGGACCGUCAUUGAGAAGAUCCACUCCCAGGCGAUCGACCAGGGCUUGGACCCCCUCGUGACCAGCACCGACGUUUUCACCACAGCCGUGCUUUAUGUUGGCUCCAAGUCCCUGUCUCACGUUCUGGCCGCGAUUGAGCGCACGAAGGAGCGCCUGCUCGAUGCGGGUGCCACCUCGGAACCAGCUCGUGCCCAGAUCAUCACGGCAGUGAUGGAUUUCUGGAGCGCACACCCAGGCGUGGCUAAGCAGAUCAUCGAGAAACUCCUCAACUACGGCAUCGUUAACCCUGUGGCUGUGGUUCAGUGGGCACUUUCUGGGUACGCUGGCCGCACAAAGGGCGAGGCUCUUGCCCGUAACUACAUCUACGAGACGGUCUUCAGCACUGUUGCUAAGGUGACGGGUCGCGUGAGGCAGGUCAUGCUGUCGGGUGCCGCUCCUGUGGCCGGCGAUGUGGAUAUGUCUUCCGGUGAGACCCAAGAGCAGGAGAUCAAGAGCAUGCGAAACCUCUUCCGCAUCCUGGAGGAUUUGCUUGUAGCAUGGGCGACUGGUUCCAAGGAUGAGCUGAUGGAGGACGGAAGCCUGAACGGACCUGCCCGUGAUCUGCGAGACAAGUUUGUCAGGAGAUGGGGCGAUCGCUGGUUGCGUGUUGUGAGGCGCCGUUCCGCGAUCGAGGAGUCCUUCUUGCUAGAAGCAGCAAAGGUUGCCAGCGAUGGUAGCGCGAAUGGUGCUACUGCUGCGUAAAAGGUUUCACUCGCGGAAAUUGCAUCCUGGCUGCGAUCAAUUCAAGUACAGAUGGAC